AUGGGCGUAACCUUGAUUCCAGAUAUGUUUAGUACCUGCAAAAGUGCUCAUGGUUGUGGACAUGUUGUUCGAACCGCCUCCCAAGGUACUCGUACUAUGUCUACAGAUUACAUCACAAGUCCUAUGAAAAAUUCGGACAUCUCAAUCAAAACAAACACUUAUAACGAUCGCAUCAACCUCAAAACUGAUAAAUCUGGUGCGCUACGAGCCAACGGCGUAUUCCUGCAAGACAAUACCGGCCAGAAAUCUUUCGUAAAAGCCCGCAAAGAAGUAAUCAUCUCAGCAGGAACCUAUGGAAGUCUAGGAAUUCUUCUCCGAUCUGGAAUCAGCUCCAAGCAAGAAGUUGAAAAGCUUGGAAUCCAGAGCCAAGUUGAUCCCCCAGGUGUCGGAAAGAACUUGAUGGAUCAUUUGGUUGUUCUUUCAUUCUACGAAGUUUCCACGCCAGCUCUCACCAAUGACCAUCUCAUCUGGCACACGAAAGGAAAGUCCAAAUCCUUAACUGAAUACCAAACCGAUAAACCGGGCUUCUUUUCACAAUUCCCAUUUGGAACUUUCGCAUUCGCUCGUCUCGACUCCAGACUCUCCGAUUCUCCCCUCUGGAACUCUGCUCCCCGCACCAAAGAUCUCGAUCAAAUGAGUCUCUCACCUACCCAACCCCGCGUCGAAUUCUGGAACACAGAAUGCUACAGCCCAAAUUACAUGUUCAGGAACUUCCCCCCAGAUGGCAAUUUCAAGUCAAGUGACCCUACGGAAAACCCUGUCGUGAAUCAUCGGUAUCUCGAAGAUCCCUUCGAUAUGCUCGUAUUCAGUGAGGGAUGUUGCAUGGCGACUGAAAUUGCAAUGAAGGGGGCAGGGACGAAAGAUAUCUGGGUGUUGGUUAUCAGAUCUAAUGCAGAUGCAUGCUACCACCCCGCCGGAACAUGUAAAAUGGGUCACCCCAACGAUCCCUUCGCCGUCCUAGACUCAAAACUAAAAGUGCGCGGGAUCACUGAUCUUCGAGUCGCAGAUGCAAGCGUGACUCCCUCUCUCAUCGGAGGACAUCCUCAAAUGGCUGUUUAUGGAAUCGCCGAAAAAGCUGCGGAUCUGAUCAUUUUCGAGAUAGGAUGUGUGAUUUUGAGGGUUGAGAAGGGUUCUGUUAGUCCGUACAUCUAA